AUGACUUCCGCUCCUCAACACCCUGUUGAGGUUCCUCCAUUUCAACUGCAGCGCCUGAUUCCGGAUGUCAUCGAGCCUUACACCUUUCAGAGCGCUGCUGGGAAGAUUCAGUUGCGCUGUGCACAAGCAUUAGGCUCUGAGAUAUACGCCGGAUGUUCCAACGGAGAGUUGUUGCGACAGGUUGUCCCUGGAGAGAAACCCAUCGAUGAAAUUGUCCUAGUUCCCAGUCUUUCGCGGGCGCUAGUCCUAUCUGAUCAUCAAAUACAUUUUUAUACAAUACCUUCGCUCGACCCAUAUCCCAUCAAGCCGAUUCGAAACGUUGUGACCUUCGCCGUGGACGACAUUCAUCUAAAGCGACAAUUGCCCCCUCUCUCUGCACAAGGCCUGCAAUUGCCAAUGGAACCCGUUGAUUUCUGUGUUGUUAAGAGGAAUGGUAUCGCUAUGUUUACAAUGAAGGAUCGCGUUUUCUACACCAAAGAAAUCCCCCUUCAACAAGGUGGCAUUACCCUUGCCAAACGAACAGGUCGGACCCUUUGUAUAGCGGACAAAACUCACUACAGCAUGCUGGACCUCGAGGCAUUGUCUGUAUUUCAAGUACUUCCCGUCUCACAAGCGUUCGAACCUACGCCAUUCGUUGUGAAGCCGUCAAUCACUGUAAUCAGCCAGAAUGAAUUUUUGAUUUUGUCCUGGACGGGAGCGAGUACUUUAGGUCUCUUUGUCACAGGAGAUGGUGACCCGGUUAGAGGUACUCUCGAAUGGCCGAGCCAUCCUGAAGCUAUCUGCCUCGAUUAUCCUUAUAUCACGUCUCUCCUCCCAAACAAUACUAUUGAAAUUCACAGCGUCGAUACACAGGCCAUUGUGCAGGUUGUUGGUGCCCCCGAGCCAUCGGUAUCUUCUUCACCUUCCUCGCCAAACCAGCCUGGAAUGCAUCGUAGGUCGUCAUCGACAAGCUCAAAGGGAGGGGGUGUCGACCUUCAGAAACGCCUGUCCUUGAUUUCGAGCAUAUCCGGAUAUUUGGUCCCUUCGACGCAGAGGUCGGACAAGAUGCGCACUGUACCUGUGAAGCUUUUGCGAACAUAG